CUUCAGAGUCCUCCUGAACCUUCUCUAAAAGCUUUAGAUUCUCCUAGAGGUUUUAUUCUCAGCCUCUUUUGUGGCUAAAUAACUAAAUAUCAUCAGCUUUCCAUCAGAUUAUCAAUGGUUUCUGUGUCCUCAGUGAGGAGAGGGAGCUGGAGGCGGAGGCUGAAGAGGUGGAGCCCUGAACUCAACAUGUCUCAGGACUGGGGGAUCUGCCGCUUCUUGCCUGUACUGAUUGUACUGGUCGUAGUCUUCAGUGUAAAUGGAUAUACAGACGAUCCACUUCUCGAAUGCUUGCAAGACCCUGACUAUGAGGAGCUUUAUAAGAUAAUGAAUGAGGGUCUUCCCCCUACAAAGACCCCUCACAGUGUGGGGAUCAUCGGUGCAGGAAUCGCUGGACUCACUGCAGCUAAGAUACUGGAGGAUGCUGGACAUAAGGUUACAAUCAUAGAAGCUAGUGAUCAUAUAGGUGGAAGAAUCCAGACCUACAGGAUGAAGAAGGAGGGCUGGUACGCUGAACUUGGUGCCAUGAGGAUCCCAUGGUUCCACAGGAUCCUCAUGUCAUUUGUGGCAAAGAUGGGCCUGAAACUGGAUCCUUUCAUUGAAGAAAACAUUAACACUUACUAUCACGUCAACGGUUUGCUUGAAAAAACCUACAGAGUGAAGGACAAUCCCGAUGUGCUGAACUACUCCGUAAACGAACACGAGAAGGGGAAAUCAGCCAGUCAGCUGUUUGAUAUGGCGUUGUGGAAGAUUAAAGAUGAUGUGAAGAGGUACGGAUGCAGUAAGACGAUGGCGAAGUAUGAUUCAUAUUCUGUUAAGGAGUAUUUAGUAAAGGAGGGUAAUCUGAGUCGAGAAGCUGUUCGUAUGAUUGGAGACAUACUCAACGAGAACAGCUUCUUCUACACUGGUCUCACAGAGACACUCUACAUACAGUCCGAUAUCAACGAUAAUACUAAGUAUUUUGAGAUUCCAGGUGGCAUGGAUCACAUACCCAGAAAAUUUUAUGAAGUACUCAAUGCGACAAUUCUGCUCAGAUCAAAGGUCAAACGCAUCACUCAAACCGAGAGUAAUGUGACGGUUUCAUUUCAAGACUGGCGAAACCUCUCCGCUUUGACCAACUUCACUUUCGACUACGUUCUGGUGACGGCUACAGCCAAAGCUUCACUCUUCAUUGAUUUCCAGCCUCCUCUAUCAGUCCGGAAGAUGGAGGCUCUGCGCUCGGUGCACUACGCCAGCUCCACCAAGGUCGUGCUGAGCUUCAGUGAGAGGUUCUGGGAGAAACAAGGCAUCAAGGGUGGAAGAAGCAUCACAGAUAUGCCAUCACGCUUCAUUUACUACCCCAGCCACAGCUUUCCUGGAGCAGGGGGCGCCCUUUUGGCUUCAUACACCUGCUCUGAUGAUUCCACGCUCUUCCAGGGGGUGCCGGAUGAUGAGCUGAUGGCCAUGGUGCUUAAUGACUUGGUGAAGAUCCAUGGGGAGGGGAUCCGGCAGCUCUGUACUGGAGGUGUUGUAAAGAAAUGGGCGUUGGAUCCUUACAGCCAUGGAGCGUUCGCCAUCUUCACUCCCUACCAGGAGAGUCACUACUCUAAAGAUCUGUUCCAGAAAGAGGGGAGGAUUCAUUUCGCUGGAGAACACACAGCCAUGCCACACGGCUGGAUUGAGACGGCCAUGAAGUCUGCUCUCAGAGCUGCUAAGAACAUUAAUAGUAUUGAAGAAUAACAGCGAACAUUUUACAUUUCAUCAAAUCAAAUCAAAUUGAUUUAUAUAGAGCUUUUAACAAGACUCACAAUCGGGGGACCCAUCCUCCUUUGGUCGAAACUGCACGUUAAAUGUUGAGUAAAGUUCACUAUACAGCCACAUAGGUCUGUUUUGUUCAGGUGUACUGACAUAAUAAUAUUAAUAGUAAUAAUAGUAAUAGGUAAUAGUAAUACAAAUACUACUGACUACUAAAAACUAAUGAUUAGAAUAAUCAUCAUCAGUUUUAGCUUUUAUUUGUUUUUUUAUUAACACUGAUUUUAAAAAUACCAUAAGGGCCUUAAUAUUGAAAGACAGCCAUGUCUGCAUUUUGCCAUUUCUGCCACACAGCGAUCUGUUGAGGCUGCAUUUCGUUCAGCUAGUUUUUUUUUUUUCUUUUUUUUUACAUUUCAUACAUAUGUAAGACUGUAUUCUGUGCAUUUACUACAGUUUAAGACUAUUUAAAAGUUUUAUAUGUAAAUAAAAAGUACUAGUAAAAGUGUGGGUAGGAUAGAGUAAUGACAAAUAUAGUAAUUAAGUAAUUUAGGUUUGCUGUGUAAUGUUUUUCUACCUUUUUAUGUAUAUACAUUUAAGCUAGUUUGUAUAAAUUCCUUUUAUACGUUUUACAGACAAUUUUAACUUGGUAGAAAAUGUAGCUGCACAUUUCACUUAAACUGACUGAUUUUGACUGACUAUUGUGCAAAUGCACACAUUUUGGUUGCUAACCAGCACAUAUUAAAUAAAAAUGUAAGUAUUUAAAAGAAUGCUAUUAACUUGUAUG